AAUGCUUUGAAUACUUGCGACAUGGCCGCUCACAUUGAUUGCCAAGAUUGACAGCUCUGCGUCGUCUUCUCUUGUCUCUGAAAGAGAGGGAGAUAAAGAGGAUAGAUAACAACAAAAGCUCCUUGCAGUUUUGACAAUUAAACUUCAUAGAAAGAACGGGAUCCCCUCAUAUAGCCAGUGGGAACCACAGCAGACUUUAGUUCUCUUUCCUUUUCUCUACAGAUAGUAAUCGUUAUGUUUUAACAUAAUAUAGCGCGAAACACACCGACUCGGGAUACGAUACCGUCAGGACCUGCAUCUCUCUUUUCUCGGCUGAUCUUAAGGACUAUCUGCACGUGGACUUGUGGUUUUGCGAGAGAGAAAAACAUUUCCGAACUGGAUCCGGACAUAAAGAUAUCGACUCCCUGACGCAUAUGGUGCCAGUCACUUUCAUGAGUUCAGAAUCAACUAACCAGUGAUCGCUGGGUGCUGGGGGUUUAGUCUUUCUGUUUGUCAGAAUAAUGUCUUCCAAGCAAGCCACCUCUCCGUUUGUCUCCGUCGCCGAUGGGGAGGAAGCCAUGAGUCAGGACCACCUGUCCUGGGAUAAGGAGGAGAGUGCCGAGGCCCACGGGACGCCCCAGCUGCCCCUGCACAGCCUGCUCCACAGCAAGGGCUCCAUGGAUGAACUGCAGCCCCUCAGCAGUGUCCCUCCAGAGAGUGACUGGGACAGCAUGGUGUCAGCCCAGCAGCGCAUGGAAUCUGACAGCAAUAAAGUAUGUUCCCUGUACUCCUUCCGGAAUAACUCAACCUCCCCACACAAGCCUGAGGAGGGGGCCCGGGAGCGCGGCGACCUGCUGAGCGGAUCUGCGUUCGGAACUCCGGAGCGCCGCAAAGGAAGCCUGGCCGACGUGGUGGACACACUGAAGCAGAAGAAGCUGGAGGAGAUGACAAAGUCAGAGCAAGAUGAAUCCAGUUGCAUGGAAACACUUCUGUCAAAAGACUGGAAAGAGAAGAUGGAAAGGCUCGACACCGGUGAUCUUCUGGGAGAAGUUAAAGGUACUCCAGAGAGCCUGGUAGAGAAGGAGCACCAGCUGAGCACCAUGAUCACUCAGCUGAUCAGCCUGAGAGAGCAGCUCCUGGCCGCUCACGAUGAGCAGAAGAAGCUGGCCGCCUCACAGAUGGAGAAACAGAGACAGCAAAUGGAGCUGGCCCGCCAGCAACAGGAACAGUAUUAUGAAGAAGGGUGUUCCAUGAUUGCCAGACAACAGCAGCAGCUUCUGCAGCAGCAGCACAAAAUCAAUAUCCUCCAGCAGCAGAUUCAGGUCCAGGGUCACAUGCCUCCGCUCAUGAUCCCUAUUUUUCCACACGACCAGCGCACCCUGGCAGCAGCCGCCGCAGCCCAGCAGGGCUUUCUCUUUCCACCAGGAAUCUCUUACAAGCCAGGUGACAACUACCCGGUGCAGUUCAUUCCAUCCACAAUGGCAGCUGCGGCAGCGUCAGGACUCAGCCCCCUCCAGCUUCAGGUAUGUGCUACCACAAAGAAUGCUGCUCAGGACGCCUGCCAAGCCCAGGGCAGAAAAACGGCUAAGCAGCUGUAUGCUAAGUAG